AUGGCAAGAGCAGAGUUAGGCACGUCAAAGUACGAAGCCAAGAGGUUAAAAGCAAGCGGACUUCAGAAACUAAAAUUCUAUUGCCAAAUAUGUUCCAAACAGUGUCGUGAUGCCAACGGAUUCAAAAAUCAUCUUCAAUCAAAAUCGCACCUAGGUCGCAUAUCCAACUUGCAAUCUAGUGGGGAGUCACAGAGUAUAGUAUCCACUUAUUCCCAUCAGUUUCAAACUGAUUUUUUGAAUCUACUACGUGUGAGCCAUGGCACCAAAUCCAUAAAUGCCAAUCGAUUUUAUCAAGAGUAUAUUCGACAACGGGAUCAUGUGCAUAUGAAUGUGACUCGCUGGAAGAGUCUAACUUCAUUUGUGAAGCACUUGGGCCAACAUGGGUUGGUUAAGGUGACAAGGAUCAACGAUAGUGAGGAAGAUAGUGAGGGGUUCAACUUGGAGAUCCGAUUGAUUGACUCUCGAGAGGUUGAGAAAUUCAAAAGCAAAGCGGAUGAGGAGCGUGAAAGAGUAGAUGCUGAGAUAAACGACAAGUUGAUUCAGAAACAGAUAAAACGUGGGCAAGAGAUGUUGCAGAUGAAGGCACUGCAAAAGGAAGCAUCAUGUAAUGAGAGCAACGACAAAGGUGAGAGAGAGGCUGCUGCUCCACAUGAGCAGACACAGACUACAUCUGGCCCAAUAAGGCUAAGUGUUAAGAAGAAAGCUGUUGGCAAAAUAAAGUCCGCAUUUGAUGACGAGAGCGACUAA